AUGAAUGUUGCUGAAUAUGCUGCCAAGUUUGAGGAGCUGGUGAAGUUUUAUCCUCAUUACAAUGGUGCAGAUAUGGAGAGAUCCAAAUACAUUAAGUUUGAGAAUAGACUACGACCUGAGAUUAAGCAGGAUAUUAGCUACCAGGAGAUUCACAGGUUUCCUACUCUGGUGAACAAGUGUAGGAUUUAUGAUGAGGACUAUAAGGAUCGUCCCGCUCACUAUAAGAGUGUUAAUGAGAGGAAGGGAAAGAAUCAGUUCAGUGGAAAAUUAUACAGUACUCCAGCUGACAAAGGGAAACAGAGGACUACUGAUGAGAAGAAGCCAAGUAGGGGAGUGACUCCCGCUUCUGCUAAGUGUUUCAAGUGUGGCGAGUUGGGCCACCAUGCUAAUGAGUGA